GUUGCUGGUGCCACUGGAGCGGUAUGAGGGGAAGGUACUUACGUUGUCCUCGGGAGCGAUCGUGCGGUCGAAGUACUCAUCGAGGAAAGGAACCUUCUGGAGGAUGUCGCGGCGAACACGGGGGAUCUCGCCGAAGAAGAAGAGGGCGAAGGUACCGGCAGCGACACCGAAGGUGCCAGCAAUGGUAGCGCUAGUUGGUAGCCAGGCCGGUGGUAAGGCCGUGGAAGUGAAGGGGAGUGUGGUACCUAUGCCACACAGUCAGCAUGUCGCUUCCAUAUACCACUUGCAGUCCCGGCUGGAUUGGUGCCUCUCUAGCUGGAUCUUGUAUUCUCGUCAGAGGCAGGGUAUGGCAGCAGUAUGGAUAGACUUGCCAAACGCAGUCCGCAGUACCCAGAGCUAGCAGCAGGGACCCUGCCUCAUUGACCCAACCCAAGCCAGCAUUGACACCUUGUGUAUUCGUAUGUCGACCGAAGAUGGGAUAUCGGGGGUUCUCACUUGGGAGCGAAAGGGGAGCGGUAGGCACCGGCGCUCUGGGCGGCG